UGCACUUUUAGAUCGCGGUAUAAAAGGAUCAGAAAGCAAACAUUUUGCAUCAGUUACACAAACUGUUUCAGUUCAGCUUCUAGUUUUCUAUUUUGUUCGGAAACAUUACGUCAGUGACCAUGAACUCCCUUAAGAUUUGCGUAGCCUUCGUCUAUAUUUUCGCCAUAGCCAAUGCUGGAUUUUCCGGUAGCUAUGGAGACGAUCACGGUGAAGGACAUGUUCAAUUAUCCCAGACUGUGGAAAUUGAGAAGCCAGUACCAAUUCCUGUAUAUCAACAUGUAGGAGUUCCAGUACCCCACUCCAUUCCCGUGCCAGUCCCCAAACCAGUUGCCGUGCCAGUACCACAGCCUUACCCUGUUCACGUGCACGUCCCACAACCCGUUGCUGUCCCAGUCAUCAAGACCAUCACCGUCCCUAUUGAAAAACCAGUCCCAUACCCAGUCGAAAAAAUUGUUCAUUUCGAUGUUGAAAAACCUGUCCCCGUCAAAGUGGAGAAGCACGUACCAAUCCACAUCCCCAAGCCUGUCCCAGUUAAAGUGCCAGUAUACAAGGUUAUCUACCAUCAUGGCAAACACUAAAGUCGCUACUUUGUGAACGUAACGAACCCUAGGCCACGGUUAUGUUAUGACGAGUACCGAAGUGGUGCGACUGGAGGCUACCAGACCUAAGACUGCUGCUGAGUUCGUACUUAGUCAAACUUGUU